UCAUGAUACAAGAUAUAAAUAAAAUAAACAGUGCAAUUUCUAUUAUUUAACUAAUUAAUGAAGUGUUAGUUGGCAAAUAAUUGUGUAGUUACAAUUCCAACAUAACGAGACAAUGUCUAAACUUACAGUGAAGACACACCAUCGUGGCACAUUUGUGAAAAUCACACUUUCAGUCAUGAGGUUCCAUAAUGAUUACAACGAAAUGACCACUGGACCUAUUAAUAUUAAUGAUAUGGCUGAGAUCAUUAUAAAAUUAAAGGGUCUUACAGAACCUCAAUAUCACAUUGGGCAGAAUAUUCAGUUCAAGAAAACUGACAAUGCAAAGAACUUAAUAGUAACAAUAGAUAUCGCUUCAGCUGAUUUCAAAAAACAAUUCUUCUGCCAACAUGAAGGGGUAGAAGUCCCAAUGAGUUCAAAAAAAUAUGAUUCUUGUGUAGGCUCAUCCCCAUACUCAAUGUUGUAUGUUAUUGAGCUAAACAUUACUGUUCAUGCCACCAUGCCUGCAGUCUCAAGUAUAUGUAAUGAAAUUUACGAAGAAACAGAGUUCACAGAUUUUGAACUUCAGGCAGAUGAUGGUAGUAUGCCGAUGCACAAGAGUGUACUAUUCGUUCACAGUGAAAUGUUCAGGGGAAUGCUGAGAGGACAGUGGAAGGAAACAGAGGCAGACAGCAUGAGGAUGCCCGGGGUGACAGUGCAGACCCUUCAGCACCUGAAACAGUAUAUGUACUUGGGCACUGUUCCCGAUGAAGGGCUGGAGCCGCUUCUUGUAGUGGCUAAGUAUUGUUUGAUGGAUAAGCUAGCGGCUGCUUGUAUCGAAAAGCUGGUCUCAACAGUCAAGGUAGAAACAUUUGAUGCUCUCAUACAACUGGCUUGCCAAAAGGGGAUUCCUGAAUUGGUUAGAGCUCUGGUAUUAAGAAUUCCUGAUGAUGUUAUCAAUGGUAUUUCGAAGAUGGAAAUUAAUGGGAAAAAUGCUAACGAUAAAAAAUAAAUAAGAUAUAUGCAUUAUCCUUACUAACUAAUAUUUGUAUUAAUAUUCCUUAAGUAAAUAAAAAAUAAUAUUCAUAAAUAAAUGAUUAUUAUAGGA